AUCCAUUCUCCACGCAGUCUGUAUUUGUGCUUCGAAAAAAUUCUUUUAGGUAUUUCUGGUACUUCCAUUGCAAAAAAUAUCACUUUGGACCAUGCAACUGCAAUAAUACUUUCAUGCAGAUUGGACAAUAAACAUUCUCAUUUGAAAAGUCUUCAAGUGACUUGGAAGAAAGGAAAUGAAACAAUCAGACACAAUACAACUGAAAACAGCUGGAACAUCCAAUUGAUGGUUUCAGAUAACAGUAAGCUGGGAAGUUACAGUUGUACUCUGAAAGGUGAAGAAGAAUUCAGUGCUAUAUUUCAUUUACAAGUACCAAAAAUUGAAGGAAGAGAAAAACCCAUAGUCACUUACGAAGGAGAUACAGCUAUAAUGAUUUGUAAAAGUCUUGGCUACACUCCCAUUGCUUGGACCUGGUAUAUGACCAAUGGAAGUAAACAGAUUGCCAUUAAUGACACUCUGCUACCAGACAAGUAUGUAAUUACGAGAAUAUCUGCCAAUGUAACCCAUCUGAAGAUACUGAAGCUCACCAAGGAAGAUGAUGGUGUAUAUUGCUGUGAAGCUGCUUUUGAACUAGGGAAAAGUCAAGGAAAGACUAAGCUUAAAGUUCUGUCCCUCAUGGCACCUCUCAGACCCUUUCUAGCAGUUGUGGCUGAAGUUGUUAUUUUAGUAACUAUCAUUUUCAUUUAUGAGAUGUACUCAAAAAAGAAAGAGAAAUAUGCAGAAGGUGAAAAGGAAUUUGACCAAAUUGAGCAACUUAAAUCAGAAGAAAGCAAUGGUCUGGAAAGCUGUGGUGCUAGGCACAGAAGAACUUAA